AUGGGGGAUGGGUGGCCAGGUUGGCAUGAAAGGCUACUCCCAGCACUGGCAUCUUCUCUCUCCCGCUCUGUAGCUCAUGGGAACUGGGGCAGCUGGGGGACAUGGGGUCCCUGUUCUGCCACGUGCUCUCCAGAGGGGGCAGGGCUGAAACCCCAGCAGCGACGCCGGCGUGUUUGCAAUAGCCCCACACCCUCCAAAGUCCCCCCUGGACUCCCCUGCCCUGGAUCAGACAGUGAGGACCAGGCCUGCCCGGGGCUGCCCUACUGCCCAGUGGACGGUAGCUGGAGUGCCUGGAAGCCGCUGGGUCCCUGCUCUGUGACCUGUGGCCUUGGCCGGAUAAUGGAGAAACGUUUUUGUAACAACCCAGCGCCACAGCACGGUGGAAAGAACUGCCCAGGGCUGGACACACAGUCACACUUCUGCAACACUAAAACACCCUGCCCAGGUAAGGGGGCAGGGCCAGGCAGCGUGCCCUGGAUGGGGGUGGGGGAAGGGACACACACUGUCCCAGGACGGGAGGGCAGGUGCAGGGAUGGGACAAGAGGUGCAGGAAAGAAGGUGCAGAGGCUGGAUCAGGAAGAGGGUAACAUGGUGGGAUGCAGAGAUGGAGGGAGGGAUGAAAAGGCCCCUGGAUAUAACCUGGGGGGUUCUGGGCUGGAUGGAUUCAUGGGUCUGAUCGUGGGGGGAAGGGCAGGACACCGUGCUCCCGCCCUCACUGGGGUCUGUGCUGGCUCCCCAGUGGAGGGUCAUUGGUCAGACUGGAGUCCCUGGGGGCUCUGCCUCCCGGAUUGCGGGGAGAACCCUGUGAAGAUUCGGAAGCGCGUUUGUGAACCCACGUACCCCAAAUUCUCGAUGACGACCCAAGGAGUGGGGAUGGUGGAGUCAGUGAACGUGAGCUUCUGGGGCAAACCGCUGCCCAGUUGCCAGCCCCUUGAGGGGCAGAGCCGGGAGGUGAAAGAGAAGGAGCCGUGUCUCAACAUGCCCCCCUGCAUGGAGGAGCAGGAGGAUG